UUGUGUGUCAACAGUCCAGCGAGUUCUUUGUGCUGGAGAGUCUCAAUUUCACCCUGCUAUGAGGUUUCUGAUUUACGGUCAGGCAGGAGCAGAGUAAAACUUGUGAAGCAUAAGAGUAAUGAUCACCGUGCCCCCCCCCCCAGGGCUGCUGCAGGAACAGACAAGAGAACAAGGGAAAGGAAGAGCCACUCGACUGUUCACAGAGCUGAGGAGAGGCACAUGAUUCUUCCAUCAAAAAGGAUAAACAUUUCAGCUGUGAAAGACAACUGGACAGGACGGAAAACUUCACUUUCAUGAGGAUUACUGGAUGUGCCCGACAGCUUUCUUAUACAGAAUACUGAUGUAAAGGAUAUAAAUACGCAGUUUUUGUGGAGUUGCUGUAUACGUUCGUUCUCACCAUUUCAUCACACAGGACUGCACAAACCCACCACUCAUUAGUAAUUCAAGACUGCUUUUCCUACUGAAAAGGAUUAACAAGUUUAACUUUUUUUUAAGGACUGUUGGAUUUUUAUGACUGACUCAAGAAUACCCAGGAGAACUUUAUCUCUUUAAUUGUCCCAAACUAACUAACUAGCUUGAUCUAAAAAUGUAUAACAGCACCAUAGAAGCUUAUAACAUCAGCAUGCUGGGCUCCACUCAAAAUUACAUGAGCUGCAACAAGAGUGAUGACUUCAAGUACCCUCUGUACAGCUCAGUUUUCAGCGUGGUGUUUGUAGUCGGACUUUUCUUCAACAUGGUGGCUGUGUACAUUUUUGGCUGCACGCUGAAGCUGCGGAAUGAGACCACGACAUAUAUGAUAAACCUAGUCGUUUCAGACUCUCUCUUUGUCCUCAGCCUGCCUUUUCGGAUUGUUUAUUUUAUUAAACGUGAGUGGCUCUUCGGUAGUGUGCUGUGCAAGAUCUCUGUGGCCUUGUUCUACACCAACAUGUAUGGCAGCAUCCUCUUCCUCACCUGCAUCAGUGUUGACCGUUUUCUGGCCAUUGUGCACCCGUUCCGCUCCCAAACUAUUCGCACUAAGAGGAACGCCAAACUGGCCUGCUGCACAGUGUGGGUGAUGGUUCUUUCUGGAAGUGUACCCACUGGGUUCCUUUUGGACACCACUUCACCCAAAAAUGCUAACUCCUCCUCAAACUUCUGCUUUGAAAACUACUCUAAAAAGCAAUGGAAGGCUGAACUCUCCAAGGUGGUAGUGUUUAUUGAGACUGUGGGCUUCAUCAUCCCAUUGAUGCUCAAUGUCUUUUGUUCCGUCAUGGUGCUACGAACUCUGAGGAAACCCCAGACCAUCAGCCGCGGAGGAAACCUCAAUAAGGCGAAAAUCUUGAGAAUGAUCAUUGUGCAUCUGCUUAUCUUCUGCUUCUGUUUCAUCCCCUACAAUGUCAAUCUCAUAUUCUAUGCCCUGGUUCGCUCCAACGUUCUAAAGGGAUGCUACGCGGAAUAUGUGGUCAGAACCAUCUACCCCAUUGCUCUGUGCAUAGCAGUGACCAACUGUUGUUUUGAUCCAGUCAUUUACUACUUCACUUCAGAGACCAUUCAGAGCUCCAUCAAACGCAAGUCCACAGCAUGGAACAAUGGUGUCAGACUGUUUGACAGACUACAGAUGGAUAGCACGCAAAGCAGUCCAAAUACAACACCCAAAAGCCUGACCCUGAGAACUCUGAGAUCCAAAAUGUUUGACAAUGACUCUACAGUCUGACAACUCUGUAUUAUGUGACACAAUUAAGACAUCAGCGAGUACUGCUCGAAACUCGAUUUCGGUAGAAGCAGAGUGGCUGUGAGGAUCUUAACAACUGUGAGCACAAAGGUUACUAUGGAGUCACUUGCUCAUCUACCAGAGAUCACAGAGACUUUAAACUAGGACUGUUCCCUAUUCAGUCAAUAAAAGAGUGGAACAAGUCAAAGAGCAAACAUCUGAUAAGCAUAAAUUCCCUUCAGGGUGACAAUUCACAACUCACAAGUUAGAAAACUCUAUUCAAGGGUCAAGAGUAUAAAAGAGUCUAUAAUGUGUAUUUGUGGAAAUGUCAGGUGUGUAAGCCAUAGUCAUGCGUGAUGUUGCAAAUAAUUAUCAGCUUUUGCACAUAAGGCGUUGAAAAUGUAGUCUUACUCCUCAGAGCAGAAUUCUGCUUUGGCAACACUGAAUCAGUAUUACAACUCUUUAUGUGCUGGACUGUACAGUUUCUAAGUAGUUGCAAUCUCAUUGCCAUUAAAGCACUUUAUAGAGCAGCGUGAUAUAUAUCCGCUUUUACCUGUUGAAUAAAAGUGAAUAAAAAGUGAAUAAAAGAGUUAUUAACUUAAAAAGG